AUGGUCCGACACAAGAAAGACAAUUUCUCGCGAGGAGGGAAGAAGUUCGCCUCCAAACCCCGCCCACGGCCAUCACCCCGCGACGACGACGGCAAUGAGACAGGCAACUCCUCCAGACCUCCUUUCAAGGCAGCCUGCUGGGACUUGGGUCACUGUGAUCCAAAGAGAUGCUCCGGUAAAAGGCUGAUGAACUUUGGACUCAUGCGGGAGCUGCAGAUCGGACACAAAUACCCGGGAGUUGUCAUAUCUCCGAACGCGAAGCGCAUUAUAUCUCCCGCUGAUCGUGAACUUCUCGAGCAGUACGGGGCGGCGGUCGUGGAAUGCUCCUGGGUUAGAGUCAAAGAAGUGCCGUGGUCACGGAUCGGUGGCAAGUGCGAGAGACUGCUGCCCUACCUUAUCGCCGCGAAUACCGUUAACUACGGACGUCCAUGGCGGCUCAACUGCGUCGAGGCUCUGGCAGCCUGCUUCUAUAUAUGCGGACACGAAGAUUGGGCGCAAGAAGUGUUGAAACAUUUCUCUUACGGCGAGGCGUUCCUCGAGAUCAAUUCUCAGCUCCUCAAACGAUACGCCGCCUGUUCCAGCGAGGAAGAGGUCAAGAAAGCCGAGGAAGUGUGGUUGGAGAAGAUCGAGCGCGAAUACUCUGAGAGCAGGGAUACCGGAGGUGCAGAUGACAUGUGGACUGUUGGGAAUACAAAUCACAGAGAAAUCGUGGAAUCAGAUGAGGAGGGGGAAGACGACAACGAGGACGAGGAUGAUGAAGAGGAAGACAAGGAUCCGUUUGCGAUCUCUGACGAUUCCGACGAUGAGGAACAAAUGGCUGAGAUCCGGCGCAAGAUCUUGAAUUCCAAGGCUUUCCAGAAUCCAUCAGAGCCGGAGAAACCAGAGCCAGAGAAGAUCGAGCGUCCUGAGACCCUGCCGGUCGAUUCGGACGCUGAAUCCGGAACAGACGGUAGUGACGAUGAAGCGUUUGAUAACAUUAUCAACGCCACCGUAGUUACGGACCGGACUGGUAUCAUCGCGAAGCAGCAGCAGAGGAAGACCGAAGAUCUGACAGCAACAUUCUCAAGAACUGUGAUUUCUGCCCCUAAGCGAUGGUGA